AUUAUAUGAGAGAAGUGAAAUCUCCGAGAGAAAUUUUAAUAAAUUGUUAAAAAUUAUAGUGUUCCUUCAUUCAAUGUGUAAUGGAAAGAGUUCUAGUUUCUGGUUAUUGCGAUCAUAUUGCCAUUAGUUUAUUGCUUUCUCACACUGAAUUCGUUUAAUAUAUGUUAUGAGUGAGCUCCACCUUGAUUGUUUCUAACGCAAUUACAUUAUUCGUUCGUCUGGUUGGAUCGGAAUAUCUGAGAUGGUUUUUUAAUUAACGAAAAGGAGAACUUCUGUACAUAAAUACAUCCAUAAGUGAACAAAUAGAUCUUAUUUAUUUGAAACCCUAAAAGGUAUUCACUGAAAGUACUGUUUUAAAGAAGUUCGUGUAUUUAAAAAUAUAGAAAUCAUUUGAUAAAAACGAUAAAAGUGAACACACUCUUGGUAUUUUACUUGUGAAUAAACCAUUUAUAUUGUACCACUUUAAUAAGCAGUAUUGUCGACUGAACAUCUGCUACACCAAAAGAUAAGCAGUUCACUUGAAUCGCAAAUAUUUAAACACGGAGGCGAAAUAUGUGCAUGUAUUAGCACAGAUUUUUAAUUCUGCUGCAAAAGAGCAAGCACAAUUUGCUGAAUCGUAUCAAAUCCAUUUAAAUACAAGGGUGCAAAAUUUAUAAGCAGAAUGAUUCACGUUGGCGAGAAUUCUUGGAAUCUUCGGAUUUUUAUCACAGACUUGCGAAUUGAAAAAACUUUACGAGUACGGGGCGAUCAGCAUAUUGGUGGUAUUAUGCUGCAAUUAGUUGAGCCCGAAAAUCCAAAGGAUUGGUCAGACCAUGCCCUCUGGUGGCCUGCAAAAAAUGUAUGGUUGACAAGAACACGAUCAACAUUAGAUCAAGUAGGUGUACAAGCGGAUUGCGUACUCCAUUUUACUCCAAUGCACAAAACUCUCCGAGUACAAUUACCGGAUCUACGAUACUUGGAUUGUAGAGUGGAUUUUUCUACUAAGACAUUUGCGUCAAUAGUAAAUUUGUGUAAAGGGCUUGAUAUUCGAUAUCCUGAAGAAUUAUCCUUCUGUAAGCCUAUUGAACCCGAUCACCUUAAAAAAAAUUUUUCGAAAUUGCCUCAAAAGGCAAUACCUGUAGCAGACUCUGAUGGAACAACGUUUCUCCAACCAGCUGCAGACACAAAUUCUUUUAUUCCCAUCAAUUCAACAUACAAUGGAAGCAAUGGAAGUUUGGAUAAGCAACAAAAUGAAAAUUUUUUGUGUGCUCCCGUAUCCCCGUAUGCUUCAACACCUCGACGAGGCCCAAGUGGAACUGCUCCAAGUACUCCAAUCAGCUCUCCAACAGGAACUUGGAAGCAAAGUAACAACGGUUACACAACUAUUGAUUCAUCUUCUAGUCUUGGUGACAUUCAAGAGAAUUUAGCAUGCUCACCUAGAUCUCCAAGCCCAGAUGUACGCGCAAGACUUUUACGCCCACGGACUUUAAUAGAAAAAGCACGAAUGAAUGUUGGAUGGCUGGAUUCUUCUCUUUCAAUAAUGGAACAGGGUAUUCGCGAAUAUGAGACCUUAUGUUUACGUUUUAAGUAUUAUACAUUUUUCGACAUCAACCCGAAAUACGAUCAAGUGCGAAUAAAUCAAUUAUAUGAACAAGCCAGAUGGUCGAUUUUAAAUGAAGAAAUUGAAUGUACUGAAGAGGAGUCACUAAUGUUUGCAGCUCUACAGUUUCAAAUAAAUUUCCAAGCGGAUUCACAUUCAUCCAAAUUAGAUGUCGUAGAUUCAGGCAAUGGAGAGAAUGGAACAUACGAUGACAUUGAUUCCGCACUUAAUGAACUGCAAAUUACAUUAGAAGGGCCGAAUGCUACUACAGAAGUUAACAACAUUACAAAAAUUCCAGAAUUAUCAGACUACUUGAAAUUCCUGAAACCUCGUAAAUUUACACUAAAAGGUUAUAAAAGAUAUUUUUUUGCAUAUCGAGAUCUUCAUCUUCAUCUGUACAAAACGGCUGAUGACUCUCGCCGCAGUGCUCCGGAGUUGACUAUAAACUUGCGUGGAUGUGAAGUAACUCCUGAUGUAAAUUUGGCUCAAGGAAAAUUUUCCAUUAAAUUAGAAGUGUCGCCAGAAGGUCAUACCGGUCCAAAUAGCGAAGUGUGGAUACGCUGUGACACAGAAGAACAGUAUGCAAGAUGGAUGGCCGCUUGUCGGUUAGCAUCAAAAGGUCGUUCUCUUGCUGAUAGUUCAUAUGAAAGUGAAGUUACAAGCAUCCGAUCAUUUCUAAGUAUGCAGAAACCAGUACAGGGAAUUGCUGUUAAUGUAGACCCACGAAGCAUUGAUGCAAAUGACUAUUUAUCUCCGAGAAUGUUGCGCAAAGCAUCUGGAAAAGCGGGUCAACGAAUUUUAGAAGCUCAUGCAAAUGUACGAAAACUGUCGUUGAUAGAAGCAAAGCUCAAAUACAUAGAGGCCUGGCAAUCCUUGCCUGAUUUUGGAGUUACAUUGUUUGUUAUUAAAUUUGAUGGACACAAAAAGGAAGAACUUCUUGGGGUUGCACAUAAUAGAAUCAUGCGGAUGGACCUCAAUACUGGUGAUCAUAUUAAAACAUGGCGCUACAACACGAUGAAAGCCUGGAAUGUGAACUGGGGUAUUAAAUGUAUGAUGAUCCAAUUUCAUGAUGAAACCGUUGUAUUCUCAUGCCAGUCAGCCGAUUGCAAAGUUGUUCACGAAUUUAUUGGUGGAUAUAUAUUUAUGUCAAUGCGGUCGAAAGAAAAUAACCAAACUUUAAAUGAAGAACUUUUCCAUAAACUAACCGGGGGAUGGGCAUAAAAUAAAUAUGCAGUCUUCGUCCAGUAUUUCGUAUGCUUGAUACUCAUACAUAACAAAUAUUUCAUAGUCCAUUAAAAGGGACUCUAAAUACUUAUUCAUUAUAUUACGGUUGUUUUUUAAUGCAAUGCAAAACAUAUUUUAAUGGAAUAAUUUAUAAAAUAUAAUUUAAUUUUUAACAAGUAAGUGGU